UUUUGUGAAUAACAAAUACUGAGCAUCAUUCUACAAAGUCAGUUGAGUAUUGGAUAGGAAUGUGCAGGAAUAGGUAAAAAAUAUUUGAAACCUUCCCUAAGAAGUGGAUAAGAAGAGGCAUAAGCAUCAAACUUCAGUGAAGACAGGGGUAAGAAGGUCUGUGAAGAAAUCUGUGAAGCCCAAAUAUUUUCUUGGAUCCAGGGUUUGAAUCAUCAAUCCUCUUGUAGGACACCAAGAAACUUCAGAUGUGGUCUUCAAGGUCAUCAUGGCACAAGGAAAUGAUACCCACAUCCAUGAGUUCAUCCUCGUGGGCUUCCCCACCACUCCAGAGCUACAAGUUCUGCUGUUUGUGCUUUUCCUUGCUGUGUAUUUGCUGACUGUGGCUGAGAACAUCGUUAUCAUCACUUUAAUCAUCACCAACCACCAGCUCCACAAGCCCAUGUACUUUUUCCUGGGCCAUCUAGCUUUCCUAGAGGCCUGCUACAUUUCCGUCACCGUUCCCAAGCUGCUGCUCAACUUGGUGGUGAAGGAUAAGAACAUCUCCUUCACAGGCUGCAUGGCCCAACUCUACUUUUUCAUUGCCCUGGUGUGCACCGAGUGUGUCCUCCUGGCUGUCAUGGCCUACGACCGCUACGUGGCCAUCUGCACGCCCCUGCACUACGCGCUCGCCAUGAGCCGCAGGUUCUGCGUGCAGCUGGCCACGGGCUCUUGGCUGCUUGGCUUUCUGACAGCUGUGCUCAAGGUCUUCUUCAUUUCCCAGCUCUCCUUCUGCGGUCCCAGCAUCAUCAACCACUUCUACUGUGACAUCAGCCCUCUGCUCAACCUCUCGUGCACCAAGCGGCGAGUUGCUGAGAUGGUGGACUUCAUCUCGGCUUUGUUUAUUUUGCUGAUUCCCCUCUCUGUCAUUAUAAUUACUUACAUCUACAUCAUCAGCACCAUUUUGCUCAUUCCCAAGGCCCAGAACAGGAAAAAAGCCUUCUCCACCUGUGCUUCCCACCUGGCUGUGGUCAUCAUUUUCUUCUCAGCCACCCUCUUCAUGUACGCCCGGCCCAGGAGUGUAAACUCCAGGGAUCUCAACAAGCUGGUUUCCAUCAUUUAUACCAUAGUCACUCCAAUGCUAAAUCCAUUCAUUUACUGCCUCAGGAACAGGGAGGUAAAGGACACUUUAUUGAAGGCCUUUUGCAGUAGGGCUGCUCUCCCCAGAGUUUCUGCAUCCAGUCACUGAUGUAAUGUCUGGAAGAUAAUCUUCCAAAUCAAUGUGUCUAAAUCCUGUGAAAAUCUAGUAAGAUUUUUACUUUGACAGAAAUUGUUAUUUAGGGUUGUCUUUCAACAUCAGUGCUUAACAAUUCCUUCUCCUGAGCCAAUCUGUGUGUUCAGAUAAAACCUAUGAAUCUGUGUGAGUAUAAAAGGUUUUUCUAACUGAACACAUCCCACAUCAUUCCUGAGGAGUAGAAAAGGCAAGAAACAUAAUUGCCUGCUCUUAAUGUAUUUUUUUAGUAUGCAUCAAAGAACAAUAUUUCAUUCUGACCUUGAUCCAACAUAACAUGAAACUAGGAUUCAAGAACCUGAGGCACCAAAUAAACAGUUAUGUCAACUUUCUUCACAGGAAUGAGAAUGGGAACUUCAGUAAUUCAGAUAAUAACAGUCAUUUUAGAUAGCUGUGAUAGGAGACCAUGAACCACCACUGAGAAAUUUCUUUAUUAACUUCAGAUACAAAUUUGGAAAGUAGCUCAGAUUCAGAAAACAAAGCUUGACUUUUGGAGAAGAGGGUUAAUUUGCAUAAUUUAAUUUCAAUUUGAAAUGCUAAAUGAGCCUCCUGAUUUUUAAAUGUUAUUUUCCUGUGGUCCUUCAACAUUACAUGAGGAGAUACAAGCACUAAGAGAAGAAUCAGUUGUCUAAACACUUUCCUAAAGUAACAUUCAAAGGAGAGGGUCAGGAAGAACUUUUGGGUAAUUUAACACACAGAUGCAAAAUCUUGCACCAGCAGGCCUGAUGGUAAAUGAUCCUUGACUCUGUUACCCAGGACUACAUCAACAUUUCUGUGUCCAGUCUGGCACUUCCCACUACAAGAAGGACAAAAGGGACAGUCCAGCAGAGAGUUACCAAAUGACAGAAGGGUGGGACCACACAGCAUACAGAGACAGAUGGAAGCAGUUAUUUAAGUCUGGAAAAGAGAAUGUUGAGGAGGUGCAUAGCUGCAG